UCCAUGCUGCUUUCUAAAAUCUCCGCCUCCCUCUGUCUCUCGAUGGGUGGAGGAAUCAGGGGGGAGCACCGACAAGCCGUCAUUGAAACUCAGGAAGAGUUGAGAAGGGCAAAACAAAAAUAUAAGGACCAGAAGACCAUUUAAAACACAUCAAAAUUUACGGUGGCCUGGAAGCAGGGAUGGUAGCUGAGGAGAUCGAGGUGUCUCUCACGGGAGGAGCGCCGUGGGGUUUUAGACUGCAAGGAGGAGCAGAGCAGCACAAACCUCUACAGGUAGCAAAGGUUCGGAAGCGCAGCAAAGCGUGCCGAGCAGGACUGAAAGAACAAGACGAGCUCGUUUCUAUUGACGACCACACGUGUGCAGAGCUCAGCCAUGCUCAGGCCAUGAAGCUGAUAGAUUCAGAGAGCGCCACGCUGAAGCUGAAAGUCAAAAGGAUUCCUUCAGAGUUUCGUUCCUCCUCUUACGCUGGUAGCUCUGCAUCGCCUCAAUCCUCCCUGAGAGUUGGGUCUCCUCCUGUGACCCCGUUGAAUUCCAUUAGUUCUUUCCUCACACCCGUUGAGAUACCCAGGGGUGUUACCUCCCCCCCAGACAGUGAGGCUUACUAUGGAGAAACCGACAGCGAUGCCGACACACGCUCCAACACUCAUCAGCGACGCCAACGACGCACACCUCCUCACAUAAGGUCUCCUGCGCGCUAUGACGACAACGAGGAGGAGACUUCUGAGAUGAGCGGCUAUGAGAGUGCUACAGAACCAGGAGUUUCCAUGCAGGACCAGUGGAAUAGCCUCUGUCUUCCCGGUGUCCCCCGUAGAAACAUCAUCUACCUGCCCGCCCAGAAAGAGUGGAACACACCCACACAGACCCCAAACACACCAACCCCCCACACACUCACCCCAACCCCAGACCUGGGGAUUGUGGAUGGAGAAGGGGAGGGGGACAGUGGCUUCCAGGAGGUGGGAGGCUGCACUCCACUGACCUGUCCACCUUUAGUGUCUCCAGAACGAGCGAAAGAUGUUCUGGUGUUGGGCUUUGGCAACCAUCUGGUGCCCAUGGUGGGGCCACAGCAGAGCCCUGUGAGUGAGGAACUCUCCACCACCUACAUGGACAAAGCUCGACAAGCAAAGUUGCAACGUGGAGAGAGCGCCGUAGAGAAACAAGUGAAGGAAGCUCGCACUAAAUGCCGCUCCAUUGCAUCUUUGCUGACUGAUGCUCCCAACCCAAACUCAAAAGGGGUUCUUAUGUUCAAGAAACGCAGGCAGAGAGCCAAAAAGUACACUCUGACCUGUUUUGGCAAAGCUGAGGGAGGAAGAGAAAGGAAGACAGAAGGGGACACAGAAGGGGAGACAGAGGAAGAGGGAGGAAGUUCAGCCUUAAGCGGUUCAGAAGUUGAUGAGGAGGAUUUUUCAGCAUCUUUUGACCCCACCUGGGAUUCAGGUUAUUUUGAACUGCUAGAGAAGAAGAGCUCUGCCUGCCCUUCAACUACACCAACAACUCCAUCAAUUUUCAAUGACAGCACAGAGGUGGACAUCUUAGAUUAUCAAACUCCACAACUUUUGUCUUCUGUCAAUCAAAGUUUAGAAGGGUCAAAGAGCUCAGCCAAUCAUAGCUCAAGACAGGAGAGCAGGGUCACAAAGGAGCCUGUCAGUAACCACCCUGUACACAUGUCACCUCUAGCUUUGGCUCCCACCAGUGUGGAGUCCGUGUCUGUCAGUCGAGCUAGUGUUGUCCUAAGCCCACCCUCUCAGACACCCAUUAGAAGUCAAAAUGGACUUCAGAGUAGUUCCCUCUCUCCCCCUGCUGCUGACUUCACUCCAAGCUCAAACGCAGACGUGCACGGAAACGCCAGCCUCGGCUCUAAUGCCAGCGUUCUAAACCGCACUGCCCGCCCAUUCUCCCAGGGCUCAACCCCUUCACGUGCAUCCGUAACCUCUGUGAUGUUUCGUCCUCCCCAACCCAAACCCACUCCGAUAACCAUGGCAACCAAACCUGUGGCAGCGGUAUCCAUGGUGACCAUCUCACCAACUCAACACCCUCAGAGGGCUGAUGCAAGGAGAACAAUGUCUAGCACCUCUCUAUAUAUCCCUCCAAGAAACAACACCACCCCCACUGUAAACUCAUCUCUUUCACCCCCCUCCCCUCAGUCUUCAGCAUCAUUAUCUCAGCCUACGACUCAGAAAAGUGUCCCUCCUUCACCCUUUGUCCCCCACUCACCAUCUGUAGUACAAGGGUCUCCAGCAUGUCCAUCAAAUGCUCUGCCCCUCUCCGCCCCAGCUUCUACUUACCAUCCUUCCUCCACCUGUGUUUCAACUCCUGUUUUAACACCAAAUCUAUCCUCAUGUGGGAUCCAGGGAUCUUUUCCUGUUCUUCUGACCACACCGGCCUCCCCCCCUCCAUCUGCCAAUCCUUAUAUCAACCCCACAGCUGCAGUGAGUCCUCAGGUUCCCGCCACCGACUCAAUCUCAAUGCGUGAGCAGCGCAUCUCUGUCCCAGCUGCUCGCUCUGGCAUCCUUCAAGAAGCACGCCGCCGGAGCAGCAAAAAGCCCAUGUUCACUGCGCUCCAAAGCAAAGAUGUUUCCCCCAAUCCUGACUUGAUGUCCAUGGUCCAGAAUAUGGAUGGAGGCUCUGGGAAGACCCUUGCUGCUGAAGCUGUGCCCAGUGGGGAGGCUGCGCAUGAAUCAGGGCCAGAGGAGGACUGGCUGAGGCUGGGGGCAGAAGCUUGUAAUUUUAUGCAAGCUCAGCAAGGACACAAGCCACCUCCUGUAGCUCCCAAACCCCAGGUACCUGAGGUGCCCCAGCUCGCAGGAAAAGGAGGCCAGCUGUUUGCGCGAAGGCAGAGCAGGAUGGAUCGGUACGUUGUGGAGCGUUGUCCAUCUGCUGCACCAGCACCGUUUUCUCCUACUCAGACAAGAGAGCCUUCACCCACACCUUCACUGCCAGCUACAUGGAAGUACUCAUCAAACAUCCGAGCGCCGCCGCCCAUUAACUACAACCCUCUUUUGUCUCCCUCGUGCCCUCUAAAGGCUCAGAAGAAACCCGAGGUGGCGAAAUCUGAAACGAGCAAAAGGAAAGGCCAAAAAGUGGGCAUUAAGCCUGUGGACAUAAUGAGCCAUCAACCCUACCAGCUCAACUCCUCGCUCUUCAGCUAUGGUGGUGGGGUUCCUCAGGACACCUCCAACCAUCAGCAGCACAGAGGACCCACAGGCAUUCCUCAGAAGACAGCAAGAAUCUACGAGGUAAAGCGCUUCUCCACACCUCCUCCAAUGGCCACAGGCCCCACCCUCAAAGUGGUUGUGCCUCGAUCAGCAACGACCCUCGGAGAACCAUACAGGCGCUCCGAGGUGACCUCUCCUCCUUUAACUCCUGGUGCCACACCUUACCAGCACCACCAAUCUCCUUCUCCAGCUCCUCAGCCUCAGUGGAUUCCUUCCCCUGUGUCCUCCUCACGACCCCCAGCCCCAACUGCCCCACUCCCUAAACUCCCAACUUUCUCCUCUGGUCCUGUUGCAAACACACACCCCCUUCCUACUUUUUCUCCUAAUUCCUCAACCACUUCACAGGCAAAUAAGCAGUUUAAAAGUGCCCCGAAUCUCAGUCCUCUUUGCCCUGGUGCAGCCUCUCAGCAGGUAUCCAGAAGCACUCAACCCACCAGGGUUCCCAGGCCAAGGUUCAGCACCUCCAACCUGGGCCUCCAGCCUUGUGUUUGGCGUCCAGGAUCCACAGCUCACGGUGCAUCCUGUGGGGAAAAAUAGACUAUUUUUGAAAACAGAGGAGCUUUUUAGGGAAACUACUGUAUAUCUCUUAGAACUUCCAAUAAUUAUCUAAUUAUCCAUUAGACACGGUUUAUUACAAGAUUUUAAAAUUACCCUGACAUGCAAGAUACUUUACCUGCUCCAAUGAAAAUGCAUGUUCUUGUGGCAUUUUCUAAAUGAUGGAGGACACAUGUAAAGAAAAUUAAGCUUUAAAUUGCAUUUCUGAGUAUCUCUUCAUUCAAAUCUCCGUGAAUUAAUAGCAGUUGAAAAAAAUGCAGUUUGAAAAAGAGCUUUUAAUAUUAUAUUCCAGUUAAAAGUAACGGCAACGAGCAGCAAGAGGCCCAGUGUACUAGUGAAAGUCGCAUUUUUCUUCUCAGAGAUGUACUCAAGUAAAAGUAGAAAGUAUGUUGUAAUAAGACGACUCUCACAAGUACAGUUUACCCAAAACGAUUACUUAGGUAAAUGAUAUGGAGUAAUUGUAACCCAUUUCUACCCACCUCUGCUUAUUUGUGACGUAGAAGAUACACUGGGUGGGCCACAAGCUCCCUGCUCCGCCCAUUCAGAUGCAUCCACUUGCAGACAAAUGGAUCCAUGUACGUCUUUGUUUUCCUCGUCUGAGCUGGUAUCUGGCUCAAAGCUGUGCAGCUGGAUAGCUCCAAUUUGCUCCCCAUUUUUAUUGCGCCAGUAAUGUUAGUUUGGGGGUUCUGAGGCGCUGUAAGCUAGCAGGAGAGCGUGUAAACAGUAGGGUGAUGGGAAGGGGGGUGGGGUUGGUCCACGCCAAGACUCGCCCUAAAAAUGGCUAAAAAUCAUCAUAAUUAAAAGACCACCGGGAAUGCUUUGAAAAUACAAACAAAAGAUGACUGGAGUGGGUCUUUCCACAUUACAACUCCUGGAGGAGUUAAAAAAUAAAGGAACACUGUGUUUGAAGAAGGAAAUUCAGUGUGGACACUUUUAAAAUGUUGAAGAAUUGUAGAUGAGCUUGUGGAAAAGGAAAACUAGAGUGAAGUUCUGUAAAUAUCGUCUGGAAAAACAAUUGUUGAACACAACAUGGAACAAAAGAAUGUGUAUUGAUAAAAAUGGCAAUGACAACAGCGAUGGGGUAUGCAGGAAAAAAUGUCAGGUGAAAGUAAAAAAUGCUGAUCUGAUUGAUGGUUUCCAAGUUCAUGUAAUGUAUUUAGCAGAUGAUGACAAAAUAAAAGCAGUUUUACUAACAUUAUUUAGAGAAGUACUUUUAUUUUGGUGAUAAAUAAGUGUGAUUUUUAGAUUCUAUUUCUCAUAAAAUGAUACAGAAAAAUAACAUUUAUGUCUAGCUGUGAUUCUUUUCCACAGAUCUUUGUGAAUAAAAAUAGACACCACUCA